AUGGUCACAGUCCGCAGCAUUUUUAUCAUCUACUUCAUGGGAGUGGUCUCUACCAAUGGGAAGUUAUCCUUGGAGGUUGACCGGCCUUGGCUGAGGGUCCAGCUUUCCCACCAGGCCAUGCUGGAGUGCUGCUACCGGGCUGACUCUGCCUCCCUUCGAACUACAUGGCUAAAACAUGGCCAGCCCGACAAUGGCACUGCCGUUCCCAUUCUGGUCCCUGUGUCUGACCGGGUGAGCGUGGGCGAGAGGAUGCACGCAGGGGUCACUUGUGGGACCCUGACCUUUAGUGAGGUGCAGUUGGCCGACUCGGGCCUGUACCAAUGCUGGUUCAACAACACUGAGGUCUUCACACCUGGUACCUAUCUGCAGGUCUACAAGCCGCUGGAGAAGACAAUAAACCUAAGCGAAAAGACAAAAGAUGGCAUCCUGGUGGCUGAAGGAAUCUUACUCUUUCUGUGUGUGCUGGUGCCUUCGGCCAUGCUCCUCUGCAAGUCAAAGAAACUCCAUGCACUGCAGCAGAACAAGGCAAAGAGGGAAGAGGAGAACAUCUAUCAGGGCCUCGAUCUGGACGACUGUGACAAGGCAGCUAGCCUCUACCAUGAUUUGGUUGCCAAUAUACAAGAGGAAAUCCAGCUGGAGAACCCAUAA